AUGAGAUUCUGUCUCCUUCUGACUUCGUUCCUGGUGCGGGCCCACCGAGAGUCUCAGCACUUCGCCGUGCAACUCGACGAGGAAAUCGAAGAGCCUCCACCAACGAUUGUGGCUUCGCCUGAGAACGUCUCCAACGUGCUGGGGACCCUCGACGUUCAGCCUGUGCGAGUGCAUCUCUUGGCAGGGGUCUACCCAAACGUUACAUUUACGAUGCGACGCGGCGCCCCGCUGGAGUUACAGGGUGAGCCGGGCACGAAGGUGGAAUUCUUGGCUGCGCAUAUAGAGCUCGAGGAGCUGGAGAAAAAAACAAGGUGUGAUCAUGAGCUCAUGCUGAAGAGCCUCCAGCUGUCGCACGGUUCGUUCCAAGGUUCGUGUCUGGUUCUGACUCUAACCGAUGUGGCAGUGGAAGCAGUUCACCACACUGGUGGCUCCAUAUCCGACUCACCUCCGACAGUUGCCCUAAGCUGCAAGACUUGCUUGCGUUCUGUCACAAUCCAACGCUCGGUCCUGAGUCCGAUGAAUCUGGGUUUCUGCGGUGCCAAUGUCACUAUUGUGGACUCUGCCAUCAUGGUCCAAGCACCACGAGCAACGGGCCAUGGUCCUGAUGUGAAUGCAAACUUGGGCCUAAUAACCGUUGUAAACUCGACCUUGGCGAACAGUAGCUUGUAUGCGCAGCAGGGCAUGGUCAUCGUAAACUCCAGCAUGAUCGGGAAAUACUCCUUGAUGAUUGACGGUGGCAGCCAAACUCGGAUCGAGAAGUCACACUUCGGUGCCUGCCACGGAUACUGCCUAAUGGCUUACGCUUCCACAACGGAAGAAACUUAUCUCACGGUGGUCGGUUCCUCAAUGCAGACCGCUACAAGCUGGAGGGGCAUCGGUUUGCAUGUGGAGAUUCGCGACACGGAAGUCUUCGAUGUCCACGCACCGUUCAUCGAUUACUUUCCCGAUUCGGAUUCCGUCAGCGAAGGAGGUCCUCUUGCGCUCGAUUUGACUUUCUCCAUGGUCAAGUUUCGGAAGGUGUGGAGUGCUGUCCAUAUCGAAGCGGACCACUGGAAGGUGGCCAUGCACGACGUCACGAUGGAAGAGGUCACCCUUGCCGGCUUGAGCCUGCAAAGCAGAGACGAGAGCAGGCGUGGCAUCGUUCAGCUUCGUAACGUUUAUAUGAGCAGCGUCCUCGGAGUCGGGGUGGUCAUGGACCAGACGAUCGGGGACAUCUCCGGCAUGACGUGCAGAGAGUGCAACGUUGGAAUCGUAGCCCGCGGCUCUUCUCUUAACAUAAGUGGUGUAGACCUUGUGGGCAAGCACAAGCAAAGCAACGGGAUCGUGCUGAAUUCAGCACAUCUAGAAGCGAAUGACGUGCGUAUGACGAACCUGGCUGCUGGGCUGUUGCUGAAGUCCUCGACAGUGCACUUGGAGGAUGCCUUCAUCACAGACAAUGCUUUGGGCGUCCUGCCAGUAAACACAACGGGCACCAUUAACGGCCUGGUCUACUUCAACGAUGCAGCAGACGAGCUGUGCGAAGCUCAUAAUGGCAACAGAAUUUGUCCCAACGUGGAGCACCAGAGUGUGGCCAUGCAAGUGCACCAUGCGAAAGCCCUGAUGCUCUCCUUGCUUGCCUGUCUCGUCGCUACCAUCUCGGCAGUCCAGGGUCUCAAGCUCCUCUACACCGAGAAGGCACUGUCCCUUCGCAUGGUCUUGUGGAUGCUCGGUUGUAGCCUGUGGCCCGUGGUGAUGAUCGGAGCCUUGAAUGUCCUGUUGGUCAUCUGGCACGCAGUCCAAGAGCAGGAGGGGAAGCAGCGCCCGAACAUGGAGUUCAUUAGUCCAGAGAAGAAAAUGAUGGUUCGACUCGCUGUCCUCCUCCUGUGGUCAGCCGGUGGAAUGCUCUACGUGUUCUUCGAUGUGUUCCUCCAUCGACACGGCUUGAUGCUCUCCGGGGAUGCCAAACGUAGAAAAGAGCUGGAUGAGAAGAAGGCGCAGUUGAAGGAUCGCCUGGACAACAAAAGCCUCCGGCGGCGAAUGCAAAGCAUGCAUCAAGAACUCUUUGCGGCGCUGGACGACCGCAACAAGGCCGAUUCCAAACGCAUCUUCCAGGAGAUGAAGGACUUGGCAGAGGAAGAGGCAAAGAACCUUGGCGGGUGGUUCGAGGAUCAACGCAAAGUGUACCAGGACGAAGAUGCUGGGGCACGGAUGCAGAAGCUCGAGCAGAUUGCAUCUCAAGAUGGCGAAGCGGUACAGCCUCCGUUAAAAGACCAUUAUUGCGAGAAGGAAGAGGCUGAAACGAAGGAGGCCGUUGAGGUCAAAAAGUCGGCAGUGGAUGCUUUAUGGACUUAUGCGAGCUGGCUGCGGCGGGAUUUCAAAGGGCAGCUCGGCCAAUUGCUUGCAGACCUGAACAAGUUCAGCGCCAAGGAUGUUCGAGAGUUCGACGAGAAGCUACAGCUGGAUCCGUCGAUGCACCGGUUGCAGCACGAAGAUGGUGCAGAAGUUGGCCCUCACUUGGGGCUGCUGGUGGCGUCUAUCAAGAGCAAGGAGCGGGCUCUGGCAAAGAUCAACACCGACUACCAGGAGGAUUUCAAGGCCGGGAAGAAGAAAGAAGAGCCGCUGGCACGAUAUGUUUGCGACUUCCUGCGUGCGACCAUCUAUGCCGCAGACCCAUUUGCGCUUGCGCUCGCAUUCCACGAAUUUAAGAAGCGCUUCAAGAUCGUGCGAGUGAAAAACAAGUUUGCGAACGAGAAGCUGAAGACGGAGGAGCGAACCAACAUUCUCGUGAACUUCUGGGUGGAGAGCGGAGACAUGAAACAGAUCGGCGAAGUGCAGUUCCUCAUGCAAGAGUACCUCACGGCGAAGUCCAUACAGCACAUGUACUACGAUGUGGCUCGGGCAAAGAGCGAGGACGAACUCUUCGACAAACCGAUCUUUGCCUGA